UUGGACUGUUGUAAUUGUUUCUUAAAAAUUGUGAAGCAUGUUCAAAUAUAUGUUAAUGUGUUGCUUCUUGUUCAACGAAAUAUUAGUGCGAGGGACAUCGGUUUCUGAUUUUGUUCACAGUACAAGGUUGACCACUUCUGACACGAAAGCAUGUUCAAGUUUUUGGGACACAGUAGAGGAAAAAUCAAAGUUUUCUGCAACCUAUCCCAAGAAUUUUAAACACUUUCUGUUAUCGUGCGAAGGCAAUGUUUUAAAGAAAAAUGCUGAAUAUGUGGCUAUAUUAAAACCAGGUAGUGAAUAUAAUCUUUUCCACGACAAGAUUUCGACAUAUAACGAACUACUUCAACGUAAAAAUGUAAGUUGUGGUUGGGAGUACAUUGUACCAAGUGAUCUAAUUGAGUGUGUUCAUCCGAGAGGAGAUAUUUUAAGUUCUGACCAAAACAGUAUCUGCAAUACAACAUGCGUGAAUUUUCAAAAGUCGUGUCCUGACUUGACUUCUGAAGACAUGCUAAACGCUACUCACUACCUUUCAAAAAUUAGUUUUGAAGACGUCACUUCCUGUUUACUGUUUAUUCCUGAGGGUCAUGAAUCAACAAAAGAACUGAUUCGAUGCACAGUUACAGACAAGGGAAUAGAGUCAGUUUUUCCCCAUUUAAAUUUCAGAAGCGAAAACAACAAUUUUGCUAAUUUACAAUUGUGUCAGGGUGGUAACGAUUCCUGUCCACUCAAUUGUGAUUGUAGUUUAACCUGGCUAGAGACUUCAUCAGAUGAACCUGUUUACUCAAAGGAGUAUUGUUUUAAACAAGAUGGUACUCGCUUAAGUAGAACUUGCGAUAAAGAAAGUACUGGAGAAGCAGCUUGGUCAAACAUUGAAUCUUGUGACUGUGAAAUACCAAAAUGUUCCACCAUAACGUAUUCAUUACUAGAUUUACUCGACGAAGCAUCUAAUCCUACGGCACUGAAAACGAUCGUUUCUGAAUUAUUGAAAAUAUCAAAAAACUACAACGAUUUCAAUCCAUUUGAUAUUUAUUUACUUGUAGACUUGAUUUCUAAACUUUGGGAAGUAGACACGAGUAAUUGUACUGACAUUAUUAACAACGUUUUAAAUGUAAAUAACAACGUGUUGAUGGAAUCACAAUCAAAAAUGCGUGCAAUAGAUAACUGGUUAGACUUUCUGUUAUCUCGACAUUCAAGAGACUGCAAUCUAGAAGAAGAAAAGACAAAUGUUGCUAUAAUAGAAGCUGUACGUGGAAUAAUUGUUGAAAAAAAUGAAAAAGAAUCAAAAAUAAGCCAAGUGAACGAGUCAUUUACUCUUGAGGAUGUGCUAAAACAAAAAGAUUUGGAAAGCGCUGUUUGGUUAAAUUCGGACAGUAAGGAAUGUUCCCGCUUUAUUUAUUAUUCUAAAGAUAUUUUUUUUUCUGAUCAGUCAGCAUCAGACAAUAUAAUAUUUGGCGUAAAACUAACAAACGAGAGUGAAGCUAAUGGGACGGUGUGGCUUAUUUACAGAUCUAAUAAUGAGACAUACAACAAAAAUGUGCAGUGCGCAUCUUGGGAAAUGGACGAAUCUACCCGAGGACGGUGGAGUGUCAGUGGUGAAUUUCAAAUAUCGGAGUUUAACUUUAUUUGCAAGUUUCGCGGAUCUGGAAAUUUUGCCAUCAUGUUAGAACAGAAAAAAGAGUUACUCUGUGCUUUAAGUGAUAUCCUUACAGUUGAUCAUGAUCCUGAAAUGCUGUCACGAGUUUUACAGUUGUCUUCUAGACAACAAGAAUUUGCACCUGUAAAUGUUCAGCAAACAAAUAUGAUUUUCAGAAAAGUCAGCAAUUUGAGUGCGAGUGAUGCUGAUUUAGAAAAUGUGAAUGGAAUAAUUAAUAAUUUCCACAAAAUUGAGAAAAAUGUAUUACAAGAAAGUCAGUUCAACGGUAGCGCAACAAGUAAUCUAUUAUAUUAUAUUAGUGAUAUUUUUCGUAGUUAUAAACUUGAAACUGACAAUCUUACCAUCAACUCUGGAAAUUUUUUCACUUCCUUUCUUAAAUUAAGCGACGACUUCAGUGGUUUCGUACAGUUUAACAAUAAAUCAGUAUCCACACUAACAAACAUCGUAAAUGCAACAGAAUUACUUAAAUAUGAAAAUUUACACAGUGCGCUAUUAUUGUCUCCUGAACUAAAAAAACAGUUAAAGAUAAACGAAACUGUUAGAAUUAAUGUAUUUCUCAAUAACGACUUAUUCAUUGAGCAGGCACGUACUUCUUAUACACUUGUUAACAACAUUUACGGCAUAAUUCUUCCUACAGUUAAUAACUACAACACCAGCCUUGUUUCAACUUUUUAUAAACUAGAUUCCACGAAGUAUCACCACGAUUGUUUAUAUUGGUCUCAAAAUAAUUUGGAAAGCGUAUUAGUCUGGAGAAGGAACACCACGACGACUGUCUCUUCUUUGCUUCGGUGCGAUUUCGCGUACACCUCAAAUUACUCUGUUGCAAAUCAUUUUACAGCAUAUUUUGGUUUUUAUGAGGACAGAACUAUCGGAUUAGACUGGAUUGUUAAUAUCAUCGGUUCAUUGUCUUUAGUAGCAUUUCUUUGUUUAUUCAUACCUGCAACAAAACUUAAAAACUGGCCAUCACAAAUAAACAAUGACGCAUUUAUUCUUUUUAAUUGUCUUGGUAUAUUGCAAUUUGUUAUGCUGAACGUGUCUGCUAAUAUCAAAAUUUAUGUAGCAGCAUAUGCCCUUUGUGUUUUUUCCGGCGCCAUUUUGCACUGUUGCGUGUUAAUUCAGUUCUUUUGGAUUUUAAUAAAUUUGUUUUUGUAUUAUAAUAGAGCUGCAGGUAUCACUGACAUUCCCGAAAAGUUUGAAAAGAGGGCAAUUUUUUUCAUUUUGAUUGUCCCUAUAAUCAUAGUUGCAGGCACUUUGGGUGCGAAUGGUGACAAUUAUAUUAACAACAGAGCUGGUAUUUGUUUCCCCGAAGGUAAUAUUGAAUACUACACUUUAUGGUGGCCCCUUUCACUAUUGCUGAUUUUUAUUUUAACAAUUAGUUUCUGUAUUAAAGUAGAACUUGACCAAAAACGGAAUAAAUUAACACUAGAAAAUCAGAAGCAUGACGGUGCUGAUAACGAGAUUUCACUGACACCAGUUGAAUUAGAACAAUUGCAAAAUGAAGUAAAUACCUAUAAAUAUUUUAUGAUAAGGAUAGAAAUAUUAUUUAUUGUAUUAGGUUUGACUUGGGUCUUUGGGCUUUUAGUAAAACUCCAGAAUGAUGUAAUUUUUGUAUACUUUUUCGUUGUUUUGUUAGCUUUGCAGGGUAUAAUUUUGUUUUUAUUAUAUAUAGUGUGUUAUCAAGAGGCCCGAGACGCUACUCGUGUAUGUAUAAUUUCGUUGUGGCAAAGUCUAGGAUUUGGCAAAUCAAAAUAAUAAUUUUAAGGUAAAAUUAGUUUGUUGUAUAGAAUUCGAUUAAGAAAGUUUUCCAUUUUUGUAACACUAUGUAAUAAAAAA